AAUCCGUCAACGGACGCACCACGACCCGUUAUCGAUACGGCAACGAUGCCCGUUGGUGGUGGCACAGAUUAUAUUCAUAUAAUCUGGGUUGGUGGAACAGGCGGGGACAGACGCGAUCGUCCGAUUCGAAGUUCUUACGUUCACUAGAAAUAGCAAAUACCAAGCGCACUAGAACCUUCUAGAUUAGUCUGUAUCACACGCACGCGCAUUUUCUUGUACGCACGCGCAAACGUUCGGUCGAGUUCGCCAUAACCUCUCAAAUUCCCGACUCCGCAGUCCAUACGAUUCUGAUACUCCGUACGGCGACUGUGUUCCGAUUGCGGACUUUCCGUACGGUUUUUUUUCGUUUUUUCCUCCAUUGUAUUCAUCGUCGUUUAAUUUUUUUUUUCCUCUCGCGCGCACCCAAAGCAUUACACCUCACAGGCCGGAUCACAUUUCGUUCGGUCGAUCGAUGCUGUUCGGAAAAUAAUGCCGUUUGCUGAUCGUCGAGAUCGUAACAGGUCCAAGUUGAGCGAUCGUAUCCGCGGAAGAUCUACGGACGAGAUUUUAGAGGAGAUCCAGAGAGAAUUCGGCAACAACAGUGGGAAUAGCAUGUUUUUCGACCCUUCUGAUUCUAGGACUUCUCCUCAAAGGGAAGAGUUUCCAUUUGAUGAUGAUAUGCUUAGAGGUCAUUUGAGUGUCCGUUCACAUUUAGAAGAUUUAGCCAAAAGGCAUCCAGAUCUUGCUGGACAUUUGCGUUGCCCACCUUGGGGAGGCGAACCUAGCACAAGAGGUUGGAGUCGUAAACGUACUGUAUCGGGAGAAGAUAAUAAAUCUGAGGAACCAUCAGAUCUCAACCAUAACCACACUGACACACUCACUGAGUCUAGUCCGGAUAAAAAACCAUUUGAAGAAAACAUGGAUAAAGAACAGCAGCCUCCGUUUGAAAACAAUUCAAGAUCUCAAGAAAAUGAUGAUAAACCACAACGAUUUGUUUCAAAAUUAGAAUUUACUCCAGUUAAUUUGACUAAUCAAUCUGAAAAUGUUCAACAAUCAGCUCAGCCACAAUCUGAACAUUCUCAACCUAAAGAACCACAUAAUGAUACAUCUACAUUUUCACAAGGAAAUCAAAAACAGCCUAAUGUGCGACACAUUCCGAUUUAUGUGGAAGGCCGUUCAGAACCAGUGUAUCCGAAGAAUGUUGACCAAAUAUUCAGUGAAAAUAAUGGUUCAGCCUUGCCAAAAAGAGCUUCUGGUAAACAAACCCCAUUUGCUCAAUACCAUUCCUUCCAUGACCAAAAUACUGCACAACGUCGUCAAACACCUCCUUCUCAACAACGCCAGCAAACUCCUCCACAACAUCAACAUAUUCCUCCAAAUGAAACCAGAUCAACCCCUCCUCCUCCACCACGCCAACAAGUGAAACCAGUAGAUGCUUUGGAAAAAGUUCAAAAUGUCCAAGCAGAAGUAGAAGAAUUAGCAGUUACUGUUAAUAAAUUCUCUGGUUCUUCUCGUACUGAUAAACAAUAUAUUUACCUGGAUGAAAUGCUUACAAGAAAUUUGAUUAAGUUAGAUACUAUUGAAACAGAAGGAAGAGAUGAUGUACGUAUGGCUAGGAAAAAAGCUAUCAAAACUAUUCAGGAUACAAUUUCUAUUUUAGAAAAUAAAGUUCCUCAGCCCCAAGAAGAAUCAAUGGAAGUAGAUCAGUCAACUGAUGAUGUAACAGAAGUUGCUCCAUCCGAAGACAAGUCUUCAGAAACUGAAAAAGUAGAAAACAAUAAUUGAACAUUAAUGAAUCAUUCACCAUUAAAUUAUUUUUAGAAAAAUGGCUUUUGAAUAGAAUUCUUAUUAAAUUGAACUAAGUAUUUUAAAUUUAUUGUUCCCAUAUUUUUUUAAACAUUUA